AUGACCUCGUCGCCGCCAAACAAUCCGGUGGUCUCCGAAGUACAACCGCCAGAAACAGAUGCUACAGAGACGACGACGGUGACUUCUUUAUCGGCGGAAGCUGCGGAAGGUCCGGAGAAGAAAGUGAGGAAAGCUUACACGAUUACCAAAUCCAGAGAGAGUUGGACCGAAGGAGAGCACGAUAAGUUUCUCGAAGCUCUUCAACUGUUUGAUCGUGACUGGAAGAAAAUAGAAGAUUUCAUUGGUUCGAAGACCGUUAUUCAGAUCAGGAGCCAUGCCCAAAAAUACUUUUUAAAGGUCCAGAAAAACGGGACUUUAGCACAUGUACCACCUCCUCGGCCUAAGCGCAAAGCUGCUCAUCCAUAUCCUCAAAAGGCAUCAAAGAAUGCUCAAAUGUCGCUUCAUGUUUCCAUGGCCUUUCCUACUCAAAUUAAUAAUGUGCCUGGAUAUCCUUUAUGGGAUGGUACCCCUGCAUUGCUAGACAUUGCCGUAAGUGGGGUUAUUCCACCAGAAGACGAACUUGAUACUCUUUGUGGAGGAGAAGUUGUUUUUGGAACGAAUUGUAUAACAAGUGGGAGUAGUCCUUCGGCAUCUGGUAUAGGAAGCUCAAGCAGAACAUUAUCAGAGUCCAAUGCUUUAAGACCACCGAAUCAAGCUCCCUCAAUGCACGGUCUUCCUGAUUUUGCUGAAGUUUAUAACUUCAUUGGGAGUGUCUUCGAUCCUGACAGCAAAGGCCGCAUGAAAAAGCUCAAGGAAAUGGAUCCUAUAAAUUUCGAAACUGUUCUGCUAUUGAUGAGAAACCUCACAGUGAACUUGUCGAAUCCCGACUUCGAACCUUCUGUAAGUGUUAAAGUUUGUCAUAAAUUCCAUGCUCGUCGGGCUGUGAGACACGUCUUAUCGUGUUUAGUACAUAGAGAGAAUCUCGUCCACCUAACAAAUCUAGUGACUAUGUGCCUUCAAGUUUGA